AUGACAAAGACCGAGGGUCAGAAGACACAUGAAGCAUCCAGUCUAUGGUCGUUUAACCUCAUGCGCUUUAUGCAGAUUACUCUAGGAGUUACAAUGUUCCUCUCUAUGUUGUAUAUGUGGCAGUUCAUAGCAGACACCGCUGUAUCUCCGUCCAAGGAUGCUGCCGCUAAACUCGCUCAAGCGGCAGAGACCUCUACUUUGGUAGUUCAUCGAGACCGACCACGUGGUCAUACGCAGUAUGUAGUGCGAGGCUUUGAGGAGGCGCAUAAGUUUGUGAGCGGGUACGAUGUGAAGACGCAAGGACCACUCUUUCUGCUGUUCAUGAGCGACACGGACGCCAAUGGCGUCUACUGGUUUCCACCAUGCGAGCAGGUUAAGAGAGCCGUGUAUACAGGUUUUCAGCGUGCACCUCGUGGUUCGAGACUAAUGGAGAUCCAGGUGGGAUCGGAGAAAUAUUGGAACGAUUUGAUGAAUCCAUUCCGACAGAACCAGUUAUUCUACAUUGACUACAUGCCAACACUUUUACGAUAUGACGGCGGUGGUAAUUCGUCGGCAUUGCUUGCAGGACCCAAUUGUCUCAAUCAAGAUUUACUUGAUACGGUCUUUAGAGUGAGCAAACUGAUGGCAGGAGCUACUCAUAAAAACCGCGUCAUGCACAUGAGCAGUACGACGCAAGUGAUGAACUUCCUUGCGUCUUACGACUAUAGCUAUCCUCUUUUUUUGUUUUUCGUAUCAGGCGUGCACGCUUUCAACAACCGACUGUGGUGUCCAUUCUGCGACAAAGGAGAUGUGCCUGUCAUGCACUAUUAUAAUAACACGGCACCAGAGAAUGCAGUAAUGCUACGCAUUGUCGUUGCACGCGAACCUCGUCAAUGGUUUGACGAAGAUAACGACUUUGUUGGUCCUGAAUUCAGUGAAAAGGUUGUGGAGUUUGAUGGUGUACCGUAUUUGGGUUUUGUGGACAAGAACGAAAGCAAUAACAAGGUUAAGGUGCGGGAGUUUGGGGGCGAAUUGGACCAGCACAAGAGGCUCCAGGACUUUUUUUCGACAAAAGGCGCCAGGCGUAACAGUUGUUCCAGCCAUUUGACCUGUACUCGAAUCUUUCUCUACAUUUUGCUACCAUUUUUUGACUGA